AUGAACAAAAAGCCAAGACACGUUUUGAUGCCAUGGGAUGACCUCGCUUGGGAGCAAAGUGACGCCAGAGCAGAUGCUUGGGAGAGGUCACAGCUCAAUGCAAACAAUUUCCUUGCCGUAGGCAACUUCAUCAACAAACAUAAGCCUGGAAAGGCCGUCGAGCUUCACAAGCCGAUCCGAGGUGGCUACAACGUAUGUUACCGCCUAGACUACGAGGACGGCUCAUCAGUUGCAUUGCGAAUACCCAUUGAUCGCCCUGGUAUACAAUUCGCGGAUGAAAAAAUCAUGGCCGAGGUAGCGACGAUGCGACUUGUGGCGGAGCAGACCACUAUCCCGGUACCCAAGAUCUACCACUUUGGAGUUGCCGCUGACAACCCUCUUGAGCUUGGGCCUUUUAUCAUCAUGGACUACAUUGAGCACGAUUCUACCAUGUCUGAUGCUAUGGUGGAUCCAAAUCUAGCGCCCGAUGAAGAUCAUGUGCUUGAUCUCAACAUUGAGAAGGAGAAGCUCGAGUUUUUCUAUAAGCAACUGGCCAACAUCCUACUUCAGUUGUCCAAAAUACAGUUCGACCGUGUAGGAUCUCUUCUACAGGACGAGAAUGGUUGUAUCUCGGUCGCUGGGCGACCACUGAUUCAGAACAUGAGCCAUCUGAUGCAAUACACAGAGGCACCUGACGCUAUGCUACCCUCUUCGCCGUACCCUGAUAUCAAAACUUGGUACGCUGUUCUUGCGGACAUGCACAUUGCACAAUUCACAUUUCAGCACAACGAUAACAUUCUAGACGAGGAUGACGCCAGAGACAAGUUCAUUGCUCGCCUACUUUUCCGACAACUUGUAUCCGAGGGUCGGCUGACCUCUACAGUGGACGACCAGCAAGGCACUCGUCUGUUUUUGGAAGACUUCCGCCCAUCAAAUAUUCUUGUCGACAAAAAUAUACGCAUAGUCGGCGUGAUAGACUGGGAGUAUGCUUAUGCUGCUCCAACACAGUUCUCUGAUGACCCUCCCUGGUGGCUUUUUCUGAUGAAGCCUGACGAGUGGCCUGGGGCAUAUGAACCGUGGAUGAAUGCAUAUGAGCCUCGUCUCCGAACCUUUCUGCGGGUUCUAGAAAGUGAGGAGAAGAAGCUUGGAGCUGACAAAAAGUGUCAUGGGAUCUGCCUCUCUGAACGAAUGCGAAAGAGCUGGGAUGACAAGACGUGGAUGACCAGUUUCGCAGCGAGAAACAGUUGGGCCUUUGAUCUGAUAUUCUGGAGAUAUAUAGAUCCCAUGUAUUUUGGACCCAACGAGGCUGCAGACCAUCACGCAAGGCUGCAUCUUCUCACCCAGAGGCAGAAAGAGGCCAUGGAAGACCUAGUGGCAGUCAAGAUGAAGGAAGGAAGCGAGCGCAAGUUCGGGAAGUGGGAUACAGAUGAAGCAAAGGCGCAUCUAGCGCGUUUCUGGAAUUGA